CCUCGUACCACAUUCACUUCAUCCCUCCCUCCCUUCUCUCAAGGCGCUAGCGGCAAUGGCGAGCACUGCUAAACCCGAUCUAGAGGAGCACAACAAAGAGGAUGAAGAGAACGCGCCCGCCGCCGAAGAUGAGGACACCGGGGCUCAAGUGGCUCCCAUCGUUAAACUCGAGGAGGUCGCCGUCACAACUGGUGAAGAAGAUGAAGAUCCGAUCCUCGAUCUAAAGGCGAAGUUGUAUCGAUUUGAUAAGGACGGGAGUCAGUGGAAGGAGAGAGGGGCUGGUAAUGUGAAGCUUUUGAAACACAAGGCGACCGGCAAAGUUCGUCUUGUGAUGCGCCAAUCCAAGACACUCAAGAUCUGCGCUAACCAUCUUGUUCUUCCUACAAUGUCUGUGCAAGAACAUGCUGGAAAUGAUAAAUCUUGCGUGUGGCAUGCUGCUGAUUUUGCAGACGGGGAGUUGAAAGACGAGCUUUUCUGCGUUAGAUUUGCUUCAGUUGACAAUUGCAAGACUUUCAUGGAAACGGUUCAAGAGGUUGCUGAAAGUCAGGGAAAGGAGGAAAACAAAGAUGCCACUGCUACCGCAGACCUCCUUGACAAGUUGAAUGUCAGUGAGACUGAGAGUAAAACUGAUGUGAAAGAAAAGGAAGAGGCCAAGGAUGAGAAAGAAACUGCAGAAGAGAAAACAAAAACGAAGGCUGAGAAGAAAGAAGAGCCUCCUUCACCAGCAUGAACUUGAAGGAAAGUAUUUAUACUGGGCGUAAGUUGGUUGUAUGCAUUGGGCUGCAAAUGGCUAGUGGAUCAUAUUCUCCCUUACAGGUUUGAGUUAUGCAAAUUGCUUAAUUGAAUUGUAUUAGAACCUGCGGGUGAAAUAGCUCGCUUGUUUGUUGGUUGUAUUGGAUUGGUUAAUUGGUCAUUGAUGACAAGGUCUUUUUCAUUUGGUUUGAAGAAAUAGCUGCUGAGCUUCAUUUUCCAUUUAUCA